AUGCUUAGAAACUCCUCCAGAUCUGUGUUCAAAAGAACGUUGGCUUCCCAUGCUAAACCUCAGGUCACUGAGUUGUCCAACGGUCUCAGGGUAGCUACCCAUGCCAACGACCAGUCUGCGUCUGCUACCGUUGGUAUCGUCUUUGGCUCGGGCUCCACUGCCGAAAACCCUUACAACAACGGUGUUUCCAGCGCUUUAGGCAACCUGUUCAAGUCUCAAGGCGCGCUACCCGCUGCCAAGGCUGGUGUUCAGCUGUCAUCUACGGUUUGCAAAGACUCUCAAUCGUUUUUGGCCUCAUACAGCGGUGCCGGUCUAAACAAGUCUCUAGACAUUUUACAAACUCAGAUUGCUGGCGCCCUUGGGUCCGCUUCUGACAGUGCAUUUGCUCAGGCUACACAACAAUCUCUACAACAAGCUGAGGAAUUCGAGCUAAAUAACCACGCCGGCCGUGUUGUGGAGCAUUUGUACUCAACGGCUUUCCAAAAUACUCCAUUGGCUUUGCCCGUGAGAGGUACCGCUGAAGCCUUGCAAGGCUUGGAAAAAGCCGACCUUCAAAACUUUGCUGCUAACCACUUCCGCAACUCCAAUGCUGUCAUUGUGGGCUCUGGUAACUUGGCUCACGAUGAACUUGUCAAAGCUGUUGAAUCUCAAUUGUCCUUGCAAUCCGGUGACAAGCCUGUGCAAAAGAAGCAAUCUUCUUUCUUGGGUUCUGAAGUCAGACUAAGAGAUGACACUUUGCCAAAGGCAUGGAUUUCUAUUGCCGCCGAAGGUGAAGCUGUUACCUCUCCUAACUAUUAUGUUGCCCAGGUUGCUGCUGAAGUGUUUGGUUCUUUCAAUGCCGCUGAACCUUCUUCCAGACUGCAAGGUAUUAAGUUGCUAGACGAAGUUCAAGAAUACCACUUGUGCGACUCUUACAACCACUUCUCCCUAUCCCACAAGGACGCUGGUCUAUGGGGUUUCUCCACUGUAAUUUCCAACGUUCACCAAAUCGACGACCUAACUCACUUCACCUUGAAGCAGUGGAACAGAUUAACCAUCUCUGUAACCGAGCAGGAAAUUUCCCGUGCCAAAUCGUUAUUGAAAUUGAAGAUCAGUAGCGCCGCCGUUGAUAACGUUUCUAUUGCUAAGUCUCUCGGUGCUGACACUUUGGCUCUAGGGUCUGCCUCCGACCUAUCUCAAGUGUUUGAAAAGAUUGAUGCUAUCACCGCUAAGGAUGUCAAAUCUUGGGCUUCCAGUAGAUUGUGGGAUCAAGACAUCGCCAUCGCCGGUACCGGUCAAAUCGAAAGCUUGUUCGAUUACAUGAGACUAAGAAAUGAUAUGAGCAUGAUGAGAUGGUAG